AUGCAUGCCUGCAUCCCCUGGUUUGAUCCUCCGUCUUCUAGUUCUGUUACGCCUACAUUUCUCGUGAGUGUCUCGAGCGACCAACUAGACUCGGUGAUACAACGCGAACAUCUCUCAAGAGUAUGCCUGGUCUAUACGUACCGUCAAGAUCUGGUUACAUUGUAUCCUCAGUCCCUCCACUUAUCGGUCUGUGGAGCCCAGACAAUUUUAUACGGCAGUGCUUGUGUAGCCCCAUAUGCGUGUGGGCUGGGUAGCUCGGGCUACUCUCCCGUGGUUAUUACCGUCACCGAGAAUGUCGGAAAACCCCAACGACUAAGCACCGGAGAAGAUUAG